AUGACCCCGGCUCUCGCCCAGCAACAGGGUGGUCCGCCGCCCGCCGUGCUGGUCCAGCCCGCCGAGAUGAAGCCGAUCGCCGACCAGUCCGAGUUCAUCGGCCGCGUCGCCGCCGUCGACAAGGUCGAGCUGCGCGCCCGCGUGAAGGGCUUCCUCGGUCCGCGCAAGUUCGCCGACGGCGAUCAGGUGAAGAAGAACCAGGUCCUCUUCACCAUCGAGCCCGAGACCUACCAGGCCGCCGUCGACCAGAAGAAGGCCCAGCGGGAUGCCGCGAUGGCGGCGCUGGCCAAUGCCGACAUGCAGUUGAAGCGCGCCGCGGAGCUGCUGCGCUCCAACACCGGCACGCAGGUCACCUACGACCAGCGGCUCUCCGAGCAGCUCCAGGCCAAGGCGCAGGUCGAGGACGCCAGCGCCCAGCUGCGCGACGCCGAGCUGCAGCUCUCCUACACCGAGAUCAAGUCGCCGAUCGACGGACGCGUCGGCCGCGCCGCCUUCUCGCCGGGCAAUCUCGUAAGCCCGGACUCGGGCGUGCUGGCCACCGUGGUCAGCGAGCAUCCGAUCCGCGUGCUGUUCCCGGUGACGCAGCGCGAGCUUCUCGAAGCCAAGCGGAACUCCGGCACUGACCCCGAAGGCAUCCUGGUCCGCCUGCGCCUGGCCGACGGCUCGAUCUACCAGGAGAAGGGCAAGAUCGACUUCAUCGACGUCACGGUCGACGCCAAGACCGACGGCCAGAUCGUGCGCGCCACCUUCGACAACAAGAACGGCGUCCUCACCGACGGCCAGACGGUUCGCGUCAUCAUCGAGGGCGAGAAGGUCCCGACCUCGGUCGCCGUGCCGCAGGCCGCCAUCGCGCAGGACCAGAGCGGCGCCUACCUGUUCGUCGUCAACGACAAGAACGUGGUCGAGCAGAAGCGGAACCCGGACGCACGCGCCGCGCUGCUCAAGGUCGUCGCCACGGCCGAUGCUUUCGUCCAUGCACUGCGGCCGCAGGCCAUCGAGGCGCUCGGCCUCGGCUACGAGGAGAUCCGCAAGGUGAAGCCCGACAUCGUCUAUGUCGGCGCCUACGGCUAUUCGGCCGGAAGCCCUGAUGCACCGCCAGCGCACCGGCGAGGGCCAGUUCGUCGAGGUGCCGAUGUUCGAGACCAUGUCGGCCUGGCUGCUGGUCGAGCAUCUGUGGGAGCGGACCUUCAGCGACGAGGGCGAGGUCGGCUACACGCGCCUGCUGGCCCGCACCCGCAAGCCCUACCGCACGCUCGACGGCUGGAUGGCGAUCCUGCCCUACAACGACAAGCACUGGCGCAACUUCUUUGA